AUGAAAUACGUCAGCGUGAUAACCUAUUGGAUUAAUUCAGAUCUAAAAUUCUUUACCACGCUACAGCAUAAUUCCAUCAAGAGACUUAACGCCAAGUUGGAGGCAUUGUAUCCAAAGACAAUGGAAGAAAGAAUGGUCUAUCAUAGCACGAGCAUUGCAAAUGCCGCCUAUAGCAACAACUGGUUCGAUGCUUCGUUAUCCUGCAAAAAGAACUUGCAGCUUAUAGCCAUAAGAGCCCAAAGGCCAGUUGAGCUGAGUGCCCUGGGUUAUGUGCCAUUAUCUUUGGAGACGUUCAAAGAGCUCAUGAGUCUAACAUAUCGUUUUUUUGCUCUUGUACGACAACUGAUAGAAUAA